GGCUCCUGUCCAUCCCUCCGCACGUGCGCUCAAACCCAGCCCGUCCGCGCAUCUCCACCGUCCGAUCCCCAGCCGAUGGCGGCGGAGCCUGCGGCGGACGACCACGAUCCCCGGCCAACCCCGGCGGAUGGCCCCGCCGCUGCCGGCGGGGGCGACGCCUCCGCGUCGGCGGCGGCGGAGGCGCUGAUGAGCGCGGCGUCGGAGCAGCUCACGAUGGUGUACCAGGGCGACGUCUUCGUCUUCGACCCCGUCCCGCCCCAAAAGGUUCAGGCUGUUCUGUUAGUACUUGGAGGGUACGAGGUUCCAUCCGGUUUAGUAAACAUGACCGUUCCCACUGCAAAUGAUGAGAAGAGUACAACUGUGGCCGCUAGAAGGGUUGCUUCCUUAAUGAGAUUCCGUGAGAAGAGAAAGGAAAGAUGUUUCGAUAAAAGGAUUAGAUACAAUGUGCGCAAGGAGGUUGCCCAAAAGAUGAAACGGCGUAAAGGCCAAUUUGCUGGGAGAUCAGAUUUUGGUGAUGGUGCGUGUUCUUCUGUAGCUUGUGGCUCUCCACCUAACGGCGAGGAUGAUCAUUUUCGAGAAACCCAUUGCCAAAAUUGUGGCAUCAGCUCAAGACUUACCCCAGCAAUGCGUCGGGGCCCAGCUGGUCCAAGGUCCCUCUGUAAUGCUUGUGGCCUAAUGUGGGCAAAUAAGGGUACUCUAAGAAGUCCUAUUAAUGCCCCCAAAAUGACUCUGCAGCAUCCUGCCAAUCCAAGUAAAACGGGAGAUACAGAUGACAAAAAUUCGACUGUUCUUCCUGUGGAGCAUAAUCAAGCCACAGUCAAAACUGACUCCGGGAUGAUGCUAGAACAGGAGCAGAAGCUGGACAUACUCCCACCGACCAAAGAAGAUAUCAAGUCAGUUUCAUGACAAAUGCUUAAACAUGUGUACAUAAAUUGAGACAUAGGUUUCUGUCAGAAACUCCUGAGUUUAGGAUGACAUAUAAGGCAGAGAAACUAACAAAGCAGUUCCAUUGCCAAAAAAAUGCACGCAUUGGGCUGCCACAUUUAUCUCCUACCCGAUUCAUAUUGUACGAUUUGAUUGCUGACAAUAAUGCAGUCCUUACCUUGUUUUGACCUCACUAGGCGACUGGGCAUAAACUCGAAAUGUUCUUCUGAAUACUCUGGCACAAAGCAUUUUUUGAACAAUGUUU